UGUGGAAGCUUUAACUUGAACCGCAUUGCCCUCUAGCGCUGCGCCGGGGCCGCCCCGUGAUGUCAGCCGCACAGCGGCGUGAGCGCAGGCAGCCGGCUCCCGCAGCGCUCCUAAAUGCUGACAAACCCCGCUCGGAGACGCAUGUCACAGCAGCUAGACAGGGGCAUCCUUCCAGCAGAGCCACAAAUGCACAAGGGAAAACAGUAAACCUGUCUUUUAUUUCAGGGACGUCAUGAUCAAAACAGCUACUUUCGAGAUCCGGCCAAGACUUCUGCCUGCUAAUUUCUGUUGAAACGAGUUGAUGUGAGAAAUUAAGCGAGUUUGAACAGGCUAUUAUUUCUGACAGGCUUCAGAGGACUUCACGCUGUGCAAGUUUUAUGUGCUGAAAGCUAACAGCUUGCAGGAGAGAUGAGUUCUCAAUCAAAAACUGGCCGGGGCUUUGCAGCGACUUCUUGGGUGGAGAGAUAACUUUCAACUGAACUCAACCAUCUGCGUGCCCUGCACAGGAUCCAAUCAUAACCUGCUAUGGAGAAUUAUUUUUAAGAUGAGUUCCUACCUUGGUGUGGAAUCCAAUUCAUCAAUCCCUGGAUAUUUGAAGGCGUCUGCAUUAAAUAUUGGCAAUCUUUCUGCAAACAACUCCAAUGAGACAACAAGCAAUCUGGAUUCACCUACCUUGGAUAUCAGUAGGGCGAUAACUGUGGGGCUAAUCCUAGGUGCCUUUAUACUCUUUGCUAUUAUAGGUAAUAUUUUGGUAAUUCUCUCUGUUGCUUGCAAUAGACAUUUAAGAAUCCCUACGAACUAUUUCAUAAUUAACCUUGCAAUAGCAGAUUUGUUGCUGAGUUUUACUGUCCUUCCAUUCUCUGCUACACUGGAAAUCCUUGGCUACUGGGUUUUGGGGAGGAUAUUUUGUGAUAUCUGGGCAGCAGUUGAUGUGCUCUGCUGUACAGCUUCUAUUUUAAGUCUGUGUGCAAUCUCCAUAGAUAGAUACAUAGGAGUACGUUAUUCUCUCCAGUAUCCAACUUUGGUAACAAGAAGAAGAGCAAUUCUAGCUCUCCUAGGUGUCUGGGUCCUUUCCAUGGUAAUUUCUAUUGGGCCUCUUUUGGGCUGGAAAGAACCAGCACCCAAGGAUGAUAAAGAAUGCCGUAUCACUGAAGAACCAUUCUAUGCUUUGUUUUCUUCCUUGGGGUCAUUUUACAUUCCUUUAAUUGUCAUCCUCGUGAUGUACUGUCGGGUCUACAUAGUCGCCAAAAGGACUACAAAAAAUCUGGAAGCUGGGGUUAUGAAAGAAAUGUCCAACUCCAAGGAGCUGACCUUACGGAUCCAUUACAGGAACAUUCAUGAGGACACGUUAAACAGCAACAAAUCCAAGGGUCACAAUCCCAGAAACUCCUUAGCUCUCAAACUUCUAAAAUUCUCUAGAGAAAAGAAGGCAGCCAAGACACUGGGAAUUGUGGUUGGCAUGUUUAUCUUGUGCUGGCUACCUUUCUUCAUUGUUCUGCCACUAGGAUCUCUGUUUUCAGCUCUGAAGCCCCCUGAAAUAAUCUUCAAGGUGAUUUUUUGGCUUGGCUACUUUAACAGCUGCUUGAAUCCAAUCAUCUACCCUUGCUCAAGCAAAGAGUUCAAGAGAGCUUUCAUACAGAUUCUAAAAUGUCAGUGCCACCGACGAAAGCAGUUGGGAUGGUGGGCCUACAGCUACAGGAACUGGAAUCGGUGCUCCUUUGAACACCCUCGGAAGGACUCUCUGGAAGACAGUGGGAGUUUCCUAAGUGGCAGUCAGAGGACAUUAUCUUCAGCAUCUCCCAGCCCUGGCUACCUGAGCAAAAUCACUCAUCCACAUAUGGAAAUGUGCACAUUCCAGGAAUGGAAAAACCCCAGCUCUUUCCUGAGCCCCUUACAAGAAGGCAGCAGGCAAAAGGACCCAUGCCAAUUCUUUACCUUCAAUCUCUUAACAGAGCGCAAUGGACACAUUGCUGCUAGCAGCCAAGCCUCCAGCAAUGGAGACCAUGAGGACAUCUGUGACACCAUGAAUGGUAAAACAGACUGUAGAGCAAACAUCAUGCUGGAAUGAAUGGAUUCUAAUCAGUCUGCACAGAUUCUGUUCUCUUCAUACACUAACCUCUAACAUUUCCCCCAGGCGAAGAAAUGGACCACUGCGCAAUUUCUCAGCGUGGCACUAGAAGGAAGCCAACAAGGAAUAGGCAGAUUACAGUCCCAAGAAUGGAAAAGUCUCGAGGCUAACUGUGUUCCCAGUAAAUUGCCAAAGAGGCUACAGAAACAAAUACGGAAUGCAGAGAAGUGGCUGGAUAAACCCAGGGAAGUGCACGGCCAAUUAUUCAGCUAUUGUGGUAGCGCUGUAGAACAGCCGAACACACAUGUAUAUAGAAAGAAUGUAUAAAUACAGGGGAGAGCAAGGGAAACAUGUAUGAAAGUUUGUGUGUACGUGUGUGCUAGCCGCAUGUUUGGAUGCCUGAGAGUGGAAGUGGGCAGUGCAGUUGUACAGCGUUGUUUGUACCUCUCCAGGGCGCUAGCUGCUGCUGAUUUUGCCUGUAAAAUUCCGAUUGUUGUUGUACUUCACUGUACAUUAGCACUUUAGAAAUGGAAAACAAUGUCAAAGAUUAAAGUGAUUUCGCAACAGUUUAA